AUGCUGACUCCCAUGGCUCUACCCAGCAUGUCCUGGAUGCUGCUCUCCUGCCUGAUGCUUCUAGCUCAGGUCAAAGGUGAAGUGCAAAAUAAUCAGCCGUCUGUAAGAAUCAGCUGUCCAAAAGGCUCUGUGGCCUAUUUCUCACACUGCUAUGCCUUAUAUAGGACACCUGCCACAUGGAUGGAUGCGGAAAUGACUUGUCAAAACCGGCCCUCAGGACACCUCACAUCUGUGCUCACUGGAUCUGAGGCUUCCUUUCUGGCAUCGCUCAUUAAAAAUAGUAUGAGUAGCCAAAACUACGUCUGGAUCGGGCUUCAUGACCCUACCGAGGGCCUUCAACCCAAUGGAGGUGGAUGGCAGUGGAUUAGCACUGAUGUGAUGAACUAUCAGGCCUGGGAGAGAAAACCACCUUCAAGCCCAAACUUUGGUUACUGUGGAAGUGUGUCACAAAGCUCAGGAUUCCGUCAGUGGAAAGAUUACAACUGUGAAUUAAAACUACCCUACAUCUGCAAGUUCAAGAAUUAG